UUUCAUUCCAAGAAAGCCCCAUAAACACACUUUUUAAUCUGAGAUCUCUCUCUCCCCUCACCCUCCCCCCUCUCCAUCUCUCUCUCUCUCUAUAGGGAGAAUGGGAAGUAUAAACCCACUCUUUGAGUUCUCUGAGAAGAUUUGCUAUGUACAAUGUGGGUUCUGCACCACCAUUUUGCUGGUCAGCGUUCCCAGCAGCAGCCAGUCGAUGGUGGUUACGGUGAGAUGCGGUCAUUGCUCCAGCCUUCUCUCCGUCAACAUGAUGAAGGCCUCCUUCAUCCCUCUCCACCUCUUAGCUUCCCUCUCCCAUGAUGAGGUAGAGGCAAAGGCAGAACAUCCAACAGAUCAGGCAGGCACGAGGAAAAACCCCGAAAGGCGCAGCCCAUCGGUGGUGACUUCUAACUCCGACAAUGAAGAUGAGGACCUGAUUUCCGUGAACCGUACAGUUAACAAACCUCCUGAGAAGAGACAGAGAGCUCCAUCGGCCUAUAAUCGUUUCAUCAAGGAGGAGAUCAGGAGGCUGAAGGCUCAAAACCCAAACAUGGCUCACAAGGAAGCCUUCAGUCAAGCUGCAAAGAAUUGGGCCCAUUUUCCCCCAAAUCAGAACAAGGGAGAUGGAGAUCAGAGCUGCUUGGGUCAGGAAAGUGGAAAGAACACCUGCAUCUCUAAUGCAACUGAUCAGGUGCUUGGAGAAGGCAAAGGAUUCCGUGAAAGAAAGGUGCCCAGGCAUUUCAUAUGGGAAAAGACACCCUUUGAUUGAACACGAGAAGGGCCACCGAUUUCUUUGAUGGUUCUAGGGUUAGGGAUAUGGUUUUAUGUGCUUACUAUGACCGUAACUCAGCGCUGCUUCACCCAUAGAUGUAUGCUCUGGCGGAUAGUGUUUUUCUAGCUUAGAACUGGUCUAUCAGGCCAAACCGAUAUAUAUGGUACUGAAACUAGUAGUAGGAUCGAUAGUCCCUUAAUUGAUGAUUUGGUUAUUUGAAGAACUACUCAUAAUCUGUUUGGUGUAAUAGACCAGCGAUUAAUAUCAAAACAUCUCUUCACUUA